ACAGCCUUUCAAUAUAAGUUCAUCAGUCUAGGCAUAGGUAAGGAGAAGUUAGAUAUGGUGAUGUUGUUCAAAAGGCUGCAGCCACGGCAUGGGGGCAGUCAUUUGUGGCAGAUUUGAGAAUCCUGUGCGGUAGGGGGGACUGCAUUAAGGUGUGCCUUUGAUAAGAGUGUUGGUUUACGCACGAAAAACCAAUUUCCGAAUUAUAUUGGCCUCUGCACAAAUCUAAAAGUGCUGAUUUACAAAAAUCCAUUCUCCGUUAAAGAGAAACUGUUGUUGGCACAUAAAGAUACGGUGAAUGAGCAAAUCUCUUAUAGAAUGUGAUCAGAUGUCGAUGAUAUCUAUGGAUGUCGCGUGUCUGCAUGCUUCCCAAAUGUUUGUUGAGUCAUAUUUUUCCAAUCAAAAUAUAUGACAGUACAUUAUCUAAAUCAACGUCGUUUCCUAAAAGGAUGAAUUUUUGUUCUGCAAAUCGAGGCUUGCUUGAUUCGGCUUUUGCUGCGUCGCCACUGUUGAUAAAUUUUAAGCAGAAAACAUAGAUUAAUUUUUGUGGUGGGAUUUCGGGAUAAGAUGUCAAGCACGGCUGUAUAUUACAAUGUCCACUGACAUAAGUAGCGGUAUUGUGCAUGGGCAAAGGUUAGGGCAAUACGGCUCGUGAAUGUUUGGUAGCAAGCAGUCAGGCACGAGGAAUACAGAGUAAAAUGAAGGCAGAAAUUGACGGCUGUCAAAUGAAGAAACGAAUAUAAUGAAUAAUCAUCAAGGUAUUCGCGUAUGAGGGAUUAUCCUUUUCUCCAACUAUAAUCUUGGGCGAUUAACCUUGAAACAGGCGCAUCAACAAUGGCGUAUUUAGGCCCUGUUUUAAAGAGCAUACAUGGAGGAAAACUUUGGUAUAUCUAAGGACAAAAUUUCUGGAAUUAAACACCGUCUUCUCCCUUCCGCUGUGUUUCGACAAUCAUUUCUUUUAAAGUUAUUUAUUGACAACGGUCGAUGGUGAUGAGAAAAAAUCAAGUAGAAAUUAAGACCAGAUGACUUGGGCCAAAGUUUGCAUCAACGUCAUCAAUUGUGUGCUGAAUCGCCAUAGCGAACUGGAAGAUUAUUUUUGCUUCUUACAGUAGGUAGAUAGCACGCUCGAAAAAAUGCUUUUAGUAUUCCCCAUAUUAGCACAAGAUUCGUGUGGCAGUCGAAAGCGAAGUUUGGUGCCCGAUCUGUACAAAGAACCAAUGCCUACUGUGCUGCACUCAACGCCCUCACUAUGAAUGUCAACUGACCAAUCGAGGUCAGACAUAGUGAGUACUUAAGCGGUGGAAACUGAAGGGUCUUAUUAGCACCAAAGUUCCUGAUCUCGAACAGUUUGAGGUGAGUUUGUGCUUCUUUUGGAAAGCAUCUGAAUGAACCUUAUGCGUAUAAAAACCCCUUUCAAUCGAAUGCUUUUAUUCCUUCCCAUGCACUCCAUGCUCUUUUACAGCUCUAGAUACAAACACUGACGUGAUGAAGGCCUUCUUGAUCGCUAUACUCCUCAUCAUACCGUUCAUACUUGCUGGUAGGUGUCCAGGCAACAAUGAUUACCAUUAUCUGAAUAUUCAUUCUCCGUUAUGAUAAUUCCUACUCACUUUGUCCACUACCAGAUGCCAAUCAGACGGUGCCAGAUUCAAAUGCAACCACGAACGCAACGGACGGAAAUUCCGCAGUCACAUCAACUAUUGUUCCCACAAAUGCCGGUGGGAAUGACAACACUUCCAGCAGUGAUAACUCGCAGUCUGUUGUGACCACGUCCGUUGCUUCGUCUCUCUCGACAGCAGAGUUCUGCCUCAUGCACCUUCUGCUUGUCCUGUCUGUCAAGCUCUUCUAA